AAAUCAAACAAAUUGGAGAAAAUUCUCGUCUGUAUUAGAAAGCGGAGAUACAGACGGUGUAUUUUCGAAAACUCCUACCGUGGCAGCAGCGUACCUGCAGGAAAGUGGUUCCGCCGCAACGUGUCGUCGGCUGCCAAAUAGAAAAAGACCAUGUAAACAGUAAUAUUUCUUUUCUGUCAACUGUGAUCUGUAAUUGCCAGGGAAAAGUAGAAAGGGUUUGUUGAAAACAGAGCGCCUUUGGUAAAUUACCAAAUGUUAACAAAACUACUAAUGUGAUAUUCGAUGACAUCAAAGCUAUUAUAUUAUAACGGUGUUGUCAGCGGAGAUAAAGUGAAUACAAUCAGAAACGAAUAGUAGUAGUAAUAGUGGCGGUAUUCAGGAUACUGACGCUACUACUGUUGGUUGUUUUUAGAGAGACCAAGUUAGUCCAACUUGUUAUAUACGGGAGGCAGUUCAGGUCGUUUACUUCUGUCAACUGGGGCCGGCAUUGAAACUCUCACUCUCUCUCUUAUUCCUCUUUCUCUCACGCAUACAUCUGACCCCUCCUCCUUAAACGUUGAAGUAGUUGGCAUUCAACCUGUGUGUAUGUACGCGAGAAAGAAAGAACAAGAGAGAGUGUGUAUAUAACAGAAAGAGGCGAAGGUAACAACAACACUAACCAAAGUGGGGUCGAAAUCAGUUAACAUCCAUUCCUCUCUGCUUUAGUGGUCGGAUUAAGUACUCAGCAGCAGAAACUUAAGUCAAAAAACUUAUGGAGCUCUCAUCUGUCUUACAUGUCUAAUAUAGAAGUUUUGUUUUACAGCUAGUUGAAGCUGGACAUGGACACUUGAAGAUUCAUCCAACUUAUGUCAUCAGGAGAAAAUGGGCUUUAAACUGAUGAGAUGCUAAUGAUGAUAACCACUGAAUGUGAGCUGAAGGUGCAGGAGUGGAAAAUAUUAAAUAUAUUAUUUGAGCUAUAUAAAAGCUGUGCCGUCGAAAGAAGCAACAUAUUACACAGUCUUCUGGUGUUCACCAACGUUUUUUAAUCCAGAAAAUGACGAGUGUUGGCUUCAUUCGAGUCAAACUUGUCCAGGUGGUCAAAGGGUCUGGUUUGGCUGAUGCAAACAAAAAUGAUGUAUUGGAUACCUACAUAGCAGUCAAUGUCAAGGAAGCUCUCUCAGGUAACAAACUGAUUCAAAAGAAGAAAACAUUGUACCCUUACUGGAAUGCCUGUUUUGAUGCCCAUCUUUAUGAUGGGCGAGUUAUUGAGAUGGUCCUCAUGGAACGGCCUUCUCAUUUUCUUGCUAAUGUCAGUGUCAAAGCUAAACACUUAGCUGAUAAAUGUCAUACGAAUGGUGGAGAAGCAACUUUUUGGCUUAAAUUGGAACCACAAGGCCAGUUACAGCUCCAAGUUCGGCACUUUCCUGAAAAAGAUGGAGUCACUGUAAAUCAAAGUAGCUUGACAAGGGGUCAAGAUGGACCAUGUGCUGGUGGAAUCGCUCGACGCCGUGGUGCAAUCAAGCAGCAGAAAGUACAUGAAGUAAAUGGACAUGAAUUCAUAGCCAAAUUCUUCAGACAACCUACAUAUUGUUCGUUUUGCAGUGAAUUUCUAUGGGGUUUGAAAAAGCAAGGAUAUAAAUGCAAAGUUUGUAACUGUGCUGUGCAUAAGAAAUGCCAUGACAAAAUUCUGGGUCGCUGUCCACGCAGUGCUGUCAAUAGCCGAGAAACAAAAAUGCUCACAGAAAGAUUCAAAAUCGAUGUGCCCCAUCAAUUCAAAGAUAACAAUUACAUGACUCCUACAUUUUGUGACCACUGUGGUACCUUGUUGUAUGGUAUCAUUCGACAAGGUCUCAAGUGUCAGUCAUGUGGAAUUAAUGUUCACAAAAAAUGCAAGCAGUAUGUAUCUAACCUAUGUGGAAUUAAUCAGAAGAUGCUUGCAGAAGCCUUACAUAAUGUUCGAAAAUCAGGAGCCCCUAAGAAAACAUCUCUUGUGAAAGGGAAGCCAGAGGGAUCAUCAACAAAAACUGCUGGUGAGGACUCUGAUUCUGAUGAGUAUAUGCGUUGGGAUGAGAUGAUGUCCUCAGGAAAGAAAUAUAAACUGGAAGAAUUCAACUUAAUUCAAGUAUUAGGCAAAGGAAGUUUUGGAAAGGUUAUGUUGGCAGAACUAAAAGAAUGCCAUACUUACUAUGCUAUAAAAGCUCUUAAAAAAGAUGUAGUAUUGGAGGAUGAUGAUGUUGAAUGUACAAUGAUUGAGCGGAGAGUUCUUGCACUUGGUGCACAACAUCCAUUUUUAACACAUUUAUUCUGUUCUUUUCAAUCAGAGUCACACCUUUUCUUUGUGAUGGAAUAUCUAAAUGGUGGUGAUUUGAUGUUCCAUAUCCAGAAAGCCGGCAGAUUUAGUAUCCAACUUGCCAUGUUUUAUGGUGCUGAGAUUGUUUGUGGUUUACAGUUUCUACAUUCCCGAAGUAUAGUGUACAGAGAUCUCAAAUUGGAUAAUGUGAUGCUUGAUAAAACUGGCCACAUCAAAAUUGCUGAUUUUGGCAUGUGUAAGGAGGGAAUAGAUGAUAGGAACAAAACGAACACAUUCUGUGGAACACCAGAUUAUAUAGCACCAGAAAUUUUACAUGGACAAAAGUAUGGUAUUUCUGUGGAUUGGUGGUCAUUUGGUGUACUCUUAUAUGAGAUGCUGAUGGGACAAUCACCCUUCCAUGGAGAUGAUGAAGAUGACCUUUUCCAGUCCAUUUUGUAUGAUGACCUUUUCUAUCCUCGGUGGCUACCUCCAGAUUCAUUCAGAUGUCUUAGUGGGUUACUUGAACGUAACCCCAUCACUCGGUUAGGGAUGCCUGGCUGCCCACAAGGUGAAAUCCGGAACCAUCCAUUCUUCAAACCUAUUGAUUGGGAGAAAUUGGAGAGACGAGAAAUAGAACCUCCGUUUAAGCCACGAGUGAAAUCUGAUUCUGAUUCUACCAAUUUUGACAAAGAAUUCACUUCGGAUGUGGCUAAAUUGACACCACCAGACAAGGAAUUGUGUAAAACAAUAGAUCAAAAGAUGUUCCAGAAUUUCAGUUUUACUGCUUAAAAACACUGCUAUCCUCUAAACCAAUGUCUUUAUUUUCAAUUUUUUAAAAAUAGUUUUCUCAAGGAGCAUCCCUCUUAAUAAACAUCAAAGUGUUUACCUUUUUGUAUCCCAAUCUCUGUGCUAGCCUCAAAUUUAUCCUCAACUCAACCAUUCCUCUUAAUUAAUUAACACAAUAAUAUUUUGACCUUGAAGAAGUAAAGUGACAAAGGUUUGGGUGAUAUGAAGCAAUAAACAAUUUUGAUUUGUCUUCACAAUACAUACACAAAUAUUCUUGAUUCAAUUUAGUUUUUCAGCUUCUUCGGGAAAAUCCCCCCCACAAAA